GUCCAGACGGAGAAGACGAUUGUUUAAGGAGUCUAAGCCCUUCAAAUCCAAACUUUUUAAUUUAAUUUAAUUUAAUUUAAUUUAAUUUUAUUAAUUAAUGGGUCACUCAUAAAUUUCAAAUUACCACCAAAUUGCUCAUCGGUUUUGCCUCAGAACUGGCCAAGCUCUGAGCCUACGGGACCCUCGGUAUCUGACCUGGAUCGUUACUAUUUAUGUUGGUUGUAGUCUGACUGGAUUGUCAGACAGAUGGCUGGCAGAGGACGUAUUACAGCUUUUGAGGGACGUACCCAAACCCCAGGGAUGUUGCGGCAUGGUCCGUUUCCUGGUCGUCGAUCAUUGGAGCCUCUUCCUCCUCCUGGGCUUUUAGAGGAUAAAAUUGCUGUUCAGGCAGCAGAAAUUGAACAACUUGCCGGGGACAAUCAUAGAUUGGCAGCUUCCCAUGUUUCCUUGAGGCAGGAACUCGCUGCUGCACAGCAAGAAAUUCCAAGACUCAAGGCACACAUUAGAAGCAUCCAUGCUGAAAGUGAUAUUCAGAUCAGGGUGUUACUGAGUAAAAUAGCAAAAAUGGAAGACAGUAUUAGGGCAGGUGAGAGUGUGAAAAAAGACCUUCAACAAGCACACAUUGAGGCACAGAACUUGGUCAGAGCCAGACAAGAGUUGACUGUCAAACUUCAACAGGUUUCACAGGAAUUGCAGAGAGCUCGGCUUGAUGUUAAAAGUUUACCUGAUUUACAUGCUGAACUUGACAGUUUGAGGCAAGAACAUCAGAGGUUACGUGCUACAUUUGAAUACGAAAAGGGUAAAAACAUAGAGAAAGUGGAGCAAUUAAAAGCAAUGGAGAAAGAUCUAAUUGGGAUGGCAAGAGAAAUGGAAAAGUUAAAAGCUGAGGUGAUGAAUGCUGAGAUGAGAGUACAUGCUCCGAUCCCAUACACUGGUGGCUACAUGAAUCAUAGUCAUUCUUUCCCGCCCCCUGUACAGGGCAGUGCCAUCUAUGUUAAUGGCUAUGGACAGCCUCUUGUGCAUAUGGGUGUUGUGCCAACAAUCGAGGGAACAAUUCCACAUGGAAGUGGUAACCAGGUGGCUGCUUCCAGUGUGGUUGGUGUUGCUGCUGUCCCUGCUACCAGUGGUGGUGCAGUGUGGGGAGGACCAUAUGAUCCAUCAGUUGCUCGGAGGUGAACUUGGAGAAGCUGCAAUUAUACGUGCAGACAAGUUUCUUCCUAUCGCAGCAUUGCUGGCAUGUAUGGAGGAUAAUUGAUUGAGUUAUAUUGUUGUGAAAAUUAUGGUUAGAUAGGUCAAAAUUUAUUCGAGAACCUCGUACAUGGCUUAUUAUGACCGGUAACAACUUGCUUUACUGAAAUACUGUGCAAAUUAGGAUCUGGUCACUCUGUCAUGCUUCCAAAUAAUUGUUGUUCACCGCAAAUUUUGUGUAUAUUCUCAUAGUUUUAGGUCAGUAAGUUGAAAUGAAGCUUCAUGGCCUGCAUAUGAACUUUUGCAUCAUGGAUGAAAAGGUUC